UAAACAGAAAAGGAAGGAGAAAGAAAGGGAGGAAGAAAAGGUAAAUUAACAUGAUGGAUUUCUCCAAGCUACCCAAAAUAAUCGAUGAAGAUAAAGAAAGCACAUUUGGUUAUGUUCAUGGGGUCUCAGGGCCUGUGGUUACGGCCUGUGACAUGGCAGGUGCAGCCAUGUAUGAGCUGGUAAGAGUGGGUCACAGUGAGUUGGUUGGAGAGAUUAUUCGAUUGGAAGGUGACAUGGCUACUAUUCAGGUGUAUGAAGAAACUUCUGGUGUGUCUGUUGGAGACCCUGUACUCCGAACUGGAAAACCUCUCUCCGUUGAGCUUGGUCCCGGCAUUAUGGGAGCCAUUUUUGAUGGUAUUCAAAGACCUUUGUCAGAUAUCAGCAGUCAGACCCAAAGUAUCUACAUCCCCAGAGGAGUAAAUGUGUCUGCUCUUAGCAGAGAUGUUAAAUGGGAUUUUACACCAUGCAAAAACCUACGGGUUGGUAGUCAUAUCACCGGUGGAGAUAUUUAUGGAAUUGUCAAUGAGAACUCGCUCAUCAAACACAAAAUCAUGUUACCCCCACGAAACCGAGGAACUGUCACUUAUAUUGCCCCACCUGGGAAUUAUGAUACCUCUGAUGUUGUCUUGGAGCUUGAAUUUGAAGGUAUAAAGGAGAAGUUCAACAUGGUCCAGGUAUGGCCUGUUCGUCAAGUUCGUCCUGUCACUGAGAAGCUGCCAGCCAAUCAUCCUUUGCUGACUGGCCAGAGAGUCCUUGAUGCCCUUUUUCCGUGUGUACAAGGUGGAACUACUGCUAUCCCUGGAGCUUUUGGCUGUGGAAAGACAGUGAUAUCACAGUCUCUUUCCAAGUAUUCCAACAGUGAUGUGAUCAUUUAUGUAGGAUGUGGUGAAAGAGGAAACGAGAUGUCUGAAGUCCUCCGGGACUUCCCAGAGCUCACUAUGGAAGUUGAUGGUAAGGUAGAGUCAAUCAUGAAGAGGACAGCUUUGGUAGCCAAUACCUCCAAUAUGCCUGUUGCUGCUAGAGAAGCCUCUAUUUAUACUGGCAUUACACUAUCAGAAUAUUUCCGUGACAUGGGCUACCAUGUCAGUAUGAUGGCUGACUCUACCUCGAGAUGGGCCGAGGCCCUUAGAGAAAUCUCGGGUCGCUUAGCUGAAAUGCCUGCAGAUAGUGGAUAUCCUGCAUAUCUUGGUGCACGUCUGGCUUCUUUCUAUGAGCGAGCAGGCAGAGUGAAAUGUCUUGGAAAUCCUGAAAGAGAAGGAAGUGUCAGCAUUGUAGGAGCAGUUUCUCCACCUGGUGGUGAUUUUUCUGAUCCAGUUACAUCUGCUACUCUUGGUAUUGUUCAGGUGUUUUGGGGAUUAGAUAAGAAACUAGCCCAACGUAAGCAUUUCCCCUCUGUCAACUGGCUCAUCAGCUACAGCAAGUACAUGCGUGCAUUGGACGAGUACUAUGACAAACAUUUCACAGAGUUUGUUCCUCUGAGGACCAAAGCUAAGGAAAUUCUUCAGGAAGAAGAAGACCUGGCAGAAAUUGUACAGCUUGUGGGAAAGGCCUCUUUAGCAGAAACUGAUAAAAUCACUCUGGAGGUAGCAAAGCUUAUCAAAGAUGACUUCCUACAACAAAAUGGAUAUACACCUUAUGACAGGUUCUGCCCAUUCUACAAGACAGUAGGGAUGCUGUCCAACAUGAUUGCAUUUUAUGAUAUGGCCCGUAGAGCUGUUGAAACCACUGCCCAGAGUGACAAUAAAAUCACAUGGUCGAUUAUCCGUGAGCACAUGGGGGAGAUCCUCUAUAAACUUUCCUCCAUGAAAUUCAAGGAUCCAGUGAAAGAUGGUGAAGCAAAAAUCAAGGGUGACUAUGCACAACUUCUUGAAGAUAUGCAGAAUGCAUUCCGAAGCCUGGAAGAUUAGAACUGUGAUUCCUUUCCUCCUAUUCCUCUGCAAGCUCAUCUGUGUAUAUUUUCUUGAAUUUCUCAUCUCAAACCCUUUGCUUCUUUAUUGUGCAGCUUUGAGACUAGUGCCUAUGUGUGUUUUCUUUUGUUUUGCUGUUUAUUUGGUAGGUCUUAUACAAAACAAACAUUCCUUUCCUCCAGUGUUUGAAGGGCCUCCCUGAUACUUUAUCUGAAGUGGUGAAUGUAGUAAAUAUGAUAUACAAUGGCUACACUACUGUAAACCUGUAUGUAGGGUGAACUUCCUCCUUGUACUAGGUUUGCCCAUUCCUCAUCUCCAUUAAAUUGAAAACAGGACUUACUGCAUAUACUCUCUUUGAGUAGAUUUAGAAUGAAAGGCCAUAUUUUUAAACCUUUUGACAGGUACUUUGUGAAAUGACUUACUAUCUAUGUGGUCACUUGCAGCUUAGCAUUUUGCUAAGUAACUACUUUGCAGGAAAUGUUUUACUUUUAAAAAACUUUGAUGGUUAAUGUUCCAAUUAUGCAUUGCUUUCCCAGUAUAAAUCAGGAAUAUUUAUGGGAAGCUAUUGGGAACUACAUUGUUUUUAAAAAGAUAUUCAUGGAGCUCAGCAUAAUAUAUGAAUCAGUACCCUCUCAAAGCAUGAAAAAAAAGACAGGUGGUCAAACUUAGCUAACAUCAUGUUGUUAAACCAUACUUUAUUUCGCUAGGAAAAAUUCAGUAUCAAGAACUAUUAUAUACUACAUUAAAUUACAUUAAAACAAUCAUCGAAAACUUGAUCUAUAUCACAUACUUAUUUUCCUCAAACAUCUUGGAAGCCUAAGUUUUUAAGAAUCAUGUGGCAAUGCGAUGAUCAGUAAAGUGCCACAGGUAAGAUACUUAGUAGUGGUUAAAGGCCAUUUGCCCCUUUAAGAACCAGCUGGGCUGUAGUGAUUCUUGGGGCCAGAGUGACAUUAUGUUUUUACAAAGUAAUAACAUGUCACAUGCUUGCAUGUUUAUUUGCUUGUUGAAUUUUUGAACAACCAGUUUACCAAUUGUAGAGAAUAUUGCUUUCGUGGGUUUUUUUUCUGACUUGGAGUUUCUCAGAAUAUCUAUGGCCAUAGUAGUGUGACAGUUUCCAUUCUGUUUAAUAGGGAUGAAGUUAAUUCUUUUAUCUGCUGGUAACAGAAUCUGAGUCAUGUGAAAAAAAAGAUCAUUUCAUCCUAUCUUUUAAGUGUAUGUCUAAAAAUAAUAAAUCUCUGUGUUCGUGUACUAAGGCACGCUGCAGAACAGCACUGAGAGCAAGUUUCCCAUUUACUCUUUCUGACCAAUAGAGGUGGCACCAUUGCUUCCUUUUUGGGAAAAGGAAAGGGUGUACAUGAGCAUAUGUGAUGAUUUGAUACACAAUGUAAUAGCACAAAUAAAGUAUUUAUUUUAUGCUUCAGUAUGUUAUUUAAUUUUGGGAUAAUGCAUUUCUUUUGGUCUGUUAAAGAAAGAUGUGUUCAGUAGUGAAUUCAGGUAUAGUUUUGUGUAAAUCCUUGAAGAUUACAUAUUUUCCAGUAGCCUGCUAUUCAGGAAAGAUAUUUUUCCAUAGAACUUUUUUUUUUUUAACCCUUCAGAAUAUUGACAGAAUUAUGCAAUGAUUUGUUGAGAUGUGGACUUAAUGGUGCUGCUUAAUCAGUUUGCUUCCAGUGUAGGAGACUUCCUACCCAGAGGUCCUAAGACUAGUGGAAAUUAAAAGGAUUUCAAAAACUUCUGUUAAAUCUACCAGCAAGCUAGGAUUGUGAUCAUAAUGAAUGACAUGAAGAAACUAAUUGACCAAGUGUGUUUUCUGUUGUACUGAAUUUGAAACAUUCAUUCUUCCUCCUUUUAAGAAUGCUGAUGUAUGAAUAUGAAGAUGCUUGAGAAACUAUGCUCAGAUAUUCAUUGUAAGUGUCCCUUCACAUAUAUGUUGUAGAAUUCCGAAUUAGUCACUGAUAGUAUUUCUUUAGUAAGGCUGUGUUAAAAUUACAGCAAUCUUUUAAAAAGAUUAUGCAGUUCUAUAUUUAUUGUGUUGUACCUUGUCCUAAGUGCAGCCAGUAAAACAAGUUUCAUAUGUAUUUUUCCAGUGUUAAAUCUCACACACUGUAUCCUUUGGAAAUUUCCGUCUAUCCUAAAGAAUGAAUAGAAGAGGCCAUAUAUAUUGCCUUCUUAUCCUUGAGAUUUCACUGUCUUUAUGUUAAAAGUUAUGUAUAAUUAUUAAAAUCUAUGAAAGAAUAAAA